AAUCUGAAUGACACGCUAAGAAAGCUGACCACACAACUGCAAGCCAGCGAGAGUAAGAACGCCGAUCUGAAGGACGAUGUGGAUCGUCUGAAACGUGAACUCGCGAAAGCAGAACGAGUCGAAAUCGAGUUGAGAAGAAACUUGGAAGAGCAGACACGUAUCGCCCGAGAAUGUCAACAUCUACAAGAUCAGGUUAGNAAUUUUACUUUGGCGUUGGUGUUUCAGUUGAGUAUGGCUCGAAGUGACGCGGCAAGUGCGAACAAUCGUAAGCAACAACUCGAGUCGGAGUUGAUGAGCGUUCGAACCGAGCUUCGUGACUUCAAACAGCGACUUCACGAUGCCACCGGCCGUGUUUCCGAUCUAGAGCGCCAACUGCAGGAUGCUAACAUGAACAAGAAUCGCCUCUCAGAUCGUGUCGCCGAACUUGACCGAACGAUUGCGUCGAUGCGCAGCACUGAAUCUGAUUUACGUCAACAGCUGGCCACAGCGAACUCAGAACGCAAAGCACUACAACAGGAGUUGGAUGAACUGAAGAAGCGUAUCGCGCAAUUUGAGGCAGACAAACGCCGUAGUAAUGAGAAAGUUGAUGAACUGAAACGAAUCCGUAUAACUCUGAUCAAACGUAUUGAAAUUGUGAGUCAGCACUCAUUUUCAAGUUACAAUUUCAACGAGAUGGUUGUUUUUUUUUGA